AUGGCGCCGCUCACCACGUCGCUCGACGUCCGCCUCCUCUCCUCCACCGCCGACUCGGCUCGCUAUGCCGGCGCCCUCGAUGGGGAAUGGACGAUUGGCAGUGUGCCGAAUGGCGGCUACACUCUCUCCGCCAUUCUCAACUGUGCACAGCAGUUCCUGCGCCUGCUCCCCGCGCCGGCAAAGGGAGGCGAGGCCGCGCGCCACGUCGAUCCCAUGCACGUCGCCGCCACGUAUCUGGCCGCCGCGGCGGCGGCGCCGUACGAGUGUGGCGUGCGCGUCGUCAAGCGCGGCAGGGCAUAUACGCAUCUGGAGGCUGAAUUGGCGCAGCUGGUGAGUGGCCUGCACUGCACUGCACUGAUGCUGCGAGCCAAUUGA